UGUAUAGGGUCAUCGUGUGCCGUGAGCUCAUGCAGUUCACGCCGUGAUCUGUUCCAUCCACGUCCUGCGCACUACGAGCCUUCCUCUCUCUCCCUCCAUCAUCGCCACAGAUGAUUAAACAUCCUCCUCUGUGUUAGUUUGCUGUUAAAAUGUUCUACGUGCGCCGUCAGGACUAUGUUUAGCAGGCGUUGAUGCAAUAAAGACCCCUCACGAACGGAAUUACGAGGACAUCGGAAGGGCGUAUAAUACAUUAAAUCCCACAUGUUUUUUUUGAGUCGAGUUGGUUUUCUCGGAGCGGUCCCUCUGAACCGAACCGGCGGAGUUAAAAUCAUUUGAGACGCCCGCACACAAAGAGACAUCUCUAGGCAUGAUGUCCACAUGCCUCCGCGUCCUGGAGCGUAUCCUGUUGUUGUCUUGAGGAUAGACAUCUGCAAUGAAGGAGUUUAUCCAAACAAACAUGCAGACCAAACACUCGGAUCUUAUUUCACUCCCAUCAUCUCGGAUUUAAAUAUUAGCAUCUCUUUUAAACGCGAUGCGAUCGAACCGUUGACGAUUUCCGUAAAACAUGGAGCUAAGAAAAUGGUUCCUUGGUUACACUCGCACGCUUUUCUUUGCUUGGGUUGUGUAAUGCUUCCUCCAUCAGCUCAAGAGAUGUUUCUACAAGUUCCAGCUAUCUCGUUAGUUCCCUUUGGACGUUUGCGUUGUUAAUUCACUCGUUUUGUUUGGAAGUUUGUUUUAUUGCUAGUUGGAACAUGCAUCUUGGGGUCGAGGAGCCCAUCCGGGAGUGCCAGUACAAUCAGAUCUGCACGCACAACUCCUCGCCCAUGGACACUCCGCACAUCAAGAAGAAGAAGAACAAACGGAAAUGGCAGGUUUUUCCUGGCCGAAAUAGGUUUUACUGCAACGGGCGAAUCAUGAUGGCGAAGCAAACUGGGGUCUUCUACCUUACCAUGGUUCUCAUUUUGGUGACCAGUGGCCUCUUCUUUGCCUUUGACUGCCCAUUCCUGGCAUCAAACUUGACUCCCGCCAUUCCGGCCAUCGGAGGAGUGUUGUUCGUUGUAAUGGGAAUGCUGCUCCGCGCGAGUUUCAGCGACCCAGGCGUCCUGCCCCGGGCCACACCGGAGGAAGCGGCAGACAUCGAGAGGCAGAUAGAUGCAAACAAUGGCCCGAGUGGCCCAGGCUAUAGACCACCACCGCGCACCCGAGAGGUACUCAUUAACGGUCAAACAGUCAAGCUGAAAUACUGUUUCACCUGCAAGAUCUUCAGACCGCCGCGGGCCUCACACUGCAGCCUGUGUGACAACUGCGUGGAUAGAUUCGAUCAUCACUGCCCGUGGGUGGGCAACUGCGUGGGGAGGAGGAACUAUCGCUUCUUCUACCUGUUCAUCCUCUCGCUCUCCUUCCUCACCAUCUUCAUCUUUGCCUUCGUCAUCACACACGUAAUACUGAGAUCCAACAGGACUGGCUUUCUUAGUGCUCUCAAAGACAGCCCUGCUAGUGUCCUGGAAGUGGUGGUGUGCUUUUUCUCCGUCUGGUCCAUUGUGGGACUGUCCGGAUUUCAUACCUACCUGAUCAGCUCCAAUCAAACCACCAAUGAAGAUAUCAAAGGUUCAUGGUCAUCCAAACGAGGCAAAGGCAACUACAACCCCUACAGCUACGGAAACUUCAUCACCAACUGCUGCGCGGCACUGUGUGGACCUCUGCCACCGAGCUUGAUUGACAGAAGAGGUUUUGUUCAGCCAGACACACCGCAGCCUGCAACCCAGACCAAUGGCACCAGUGCCUGCCCCCCCAAUCAAGUCCAGAGUCACAUGUGUGCUCAAGACCAGUGCAUUCAGAGCACCAAAUUCGUUUUGCAGGCCGCCACCAACCCACUGCUCCACAGUCAGCCCGUCAUUCUGGGUGGAGGACCACCGCUCCAGGCCAAGACCUCUCUGGGCGGGCCGUGCUCCACCAUGGGCCCUCCUCAGCCCUCCCUGCCCUCCUCCAUCCCCGGGCUAAGCUGCGGAGGAGAGCUGAUGGCUCUGCGGGACUCUGAGAUCCACUGUCACCAUCACCUACACCACCAACACUUCAUCAGUCCAGAGGAGACGCCCUCUCCGCCCGCACCUCUGCCCUGCACCACCCACUUGGGCCACCAUGUGCACCCGGCGCAGCUCUUUGACCCCGUCAGCCAGGACUCUCUUCAUGAAGACUCAGUGCGGGGUCUGGUAAAGUUGAGCUCAGUCUGAGCCCUUUUCAAUACCGUCCCGCUGAACUGGACCACAAGCCAUACGGUACUUUACACACAGCCUCUACAGGACGUUUCUGAUGCUUUAAUAGAGGCAGUUCCUGAGGACCAAGUGAGGACCAAAGCUAGUCUUCCAGCUCUGUUAUUACUCAACCAAGCUUUUUCUAUGGAAGUUGGGUUUUUUUAAGUGUGGAACAAGAACAAAAGGUAACUGCGACUUUAUAUCUCACAAUUCAUUUUUGGUUUUGGUUUUGUCACUGAUUUUGGUCACUGGAGCAGUACCCUAGGGCAGUGUUUCUCAACCAUGUUCCUCGGGGACAACCAGCACUGCAUGUUUUGGAUGUCUCCUUUGUCUGUCACACCCAUUACAGGUCUUUUAGUCUCUGCUAAUGAUCUUAUAAUCUGAAUCUGGUGUGUUUGGUUAAUUAGACAAGAAAAUAGGACAAAGCUGGUUGUCCUCCUUCAGGAAUGUGGUUGAGAAACACAGCCUUAAGGUACAACAGAUAAAAGUUCCAUCAUUGAACUUUAUUUAGCACUAGAUUGGUACAUAUUAGUGUUACUUUUAGGGCUGGGCGAUAUGGGGAAAAAAUGCAAUUUCGAUAAUUUUUACCAUAUUGAAUGUUACAGUUGAAGUCAGAAUUAUUAGCCCCCACUGUUUAUUUUUUCCCCAAUUUUUUUUUCAACACAUUUCUAAACAUAAUAGUUUAAUAACUCAUUUCUAAUAACUGAUUUAUUUUAUCUUUGCCAUGAUGACAGUAAAUAAUAUUUGACUAGAUAAAUUUUAAGACACUUCCAUACAGUUUAAAGUAACAUUUAAAGGCUUAACUAGGCUAAUUAGGUUAGGGUAAUUAGGCAAGUUAUUGUGUAACGAUGGUCUGUUCUGUAGAAUAUCGAAAAAAUUAUAUAGCUUAAAGGGGGCUAAUAAUUUUAACCUUAAAAUGUUUAUUUUAUUUUAUUUUUUUAUUAAAAACUGCUUUUAUUCCAGCCGAAAUAAAACAAAUUAGACUUUCUCCAUAAGAAAAAAAAUAUGAUCAGACAUAAAAAUCAUUUGGGAAAUAUUUAAAAAAUAAAAUAAAAUCUAAGGGGGGCUAAUAAUUCUGACUUCAACUGUAUGUGUUUUAUAUAAGUUGUUAAUGCUUCCAGAUUUAAAAAAGUACCCCAACAAUGACUGAAGCCACAACAGUUUAGAGGGUCUAUUAAAUAGCAUAACAUUUUCGACCGAUAAAUUUGCAGUGGCUGAAAAUUCAGUACAUCUCUAAUGUCAACACACUUUUAAAUUCCUAUUGUUGCACAUUUCUACUGUGUGAUUGGACUUUUUUUUUGUCUAAAUUGAUCUAAGAGCCAGAGCUUAUGAUUGUUAUUGACAUAAAUUUUAUCGCAAUUUGAUUAAUAUUAUUUAUUAGCCCAGCACUACAUUAAAAGUACUAAUGUGUACCUAAUGUGUAAAAUUAGUUCAUAACACAAUCUCACUGCAAUUCGUAACAUUUUGAGCGGCUAAUAUUUGUAUUAAUUUGUACAAUCUCUUUCGUACAUGAUAGUACGAUUUGCUUAUCCUCCAAUAAGAAGUAGGUUUAAUGCUGCGUUCAUACCAGACGUGGAUGAAGCAUCAACUGCGAGUGAUUUACAUGUAAAGUCAAUGCAAAGAUGCAAAUAGACAUCCUGCUGCACGUUUCGCACUAAUGAGGUGGCAAUAUCAGCCAAAAAGCGAACGAAACUCAAUGUUCUAUUUAUGUGCGCAUGCCACAUCUGGUGUGAACGCUGCAUGAUGGUGGGGUUUGGGGGCAUGACUCCUUUAAAAAACAUUACAACUUCAUACUAAUUGAAUCUUAUGGACUUGUACAAUUAGCCACUUGUAUGUAAAAUAGUUAUGUUUCCUCAUGAGAUUGAACUGUACUGUUAAGUGACAAGCCUUAUACAUAUGAUUUAGAGAUAAAUGUCAAAAAAACAAGAUGUUAAAUUGGUAGUUGUGGCUUCGAGUUACAUCUCACAGUUGUAAGUUGACUCCACAAUUAUGACUUUUCACAGAAUUCUCUAUGUCUGAUAUACAGUGCAUCUGGAAAGAAAUCAUAACGCUUCACUUGUUCCACAUUUCUUUAUGUUACAGCCUUAUUCCAAAAUGGAUAAAAUUUAUUUAUUUUUUCAAAAUUCUACACACAAUAGCCCAUAAUGACAAUGUGAAAAAAGAUUUUUUGAAAUUGUUGCAAAUUUAUUAAAAAUAAAAACCUGAAAAAUCACAUGUACAGAAGUAUUCACAGCCUUUGCUCAAUACUUUGUUGAUGCACUUUUGGCAGCAAUUACAGCCUCAAGUCUUUUUGAAUAUGAUGUUUUGGGAAUGUUUGACCACUCCUCUUUGCAGUACCUCUCAAGCUCUAUCAGGUUGGAUGGGAACAACUGUGUACAGCCAUUUUCUCCAGAUAUGUUCAAUAGGAUUUAGGUGUGGGCUCUGGCUGGGCCACUCAAGGACAUUCAUCGAGUUGUUGUAAAGCCACUCCAUUGAUAUUUUGGCCAUGUGCUUUGAGUCAUUGUCCUGCUGGAAGAUGAACCGUUGCCCCAGUCAAAGGUCAAGAGCACUCUGAAGCAGGUUUUCGUUCAGGAUGUCUCUGUACAUUGCUGCAUUAAUCUUUCCCUCUAUCCUGACUAGUCUUCCAGUUCCUGCUGCUGAAAAACAUCCCCACAGCAUGAUGCUGCCACUACCAUGCUUCGCUGUAGGAAUGGUAUUAGCCUGGUGAUGAGCGGUGCUUGGUGUUCUUCAAACGUAACGCCUGGCGUCACUCCAAAGAGUUCAAUUUUAGUCUCAUCAGACCAGAGAAUUUGGUUUCUUAUGGUCUGAGAGUCCUUCAGAUGCCUUUUGGCAAAUUCCAGACGGAGAGUGACUUCUGUCUGGCCACUCUACCAUACAGGCCUGAUUGGUGGAUUGCUGCACAGAUGGUUGUCCUUCUGUAAGGUUCUCCUCUUUCCACAGAAGAACGCUGGAGCUCAGACAGAGUGACCAUCGGGUUAUUGAUCACCUCCCUGACUAUAAGGCCCUUCUCCCCCGAUCACUCAGCUUAGAUGGCCGGCCAGCUCUAGGAAAAGUCCUGGUGGUUCCAAACAUCUUCCACUUACGGAUGAUGGAGGCCACUGUGCUCAUUGGAACUUUCAGAGCAGCAGAAAUUCUGUAACCUUCCCCAGCCUUGUGCCUCGAGAUAAUCCUGUCUCGGAGGUCUACAGACAAUUCCUUUGUCUUCAUGCUUGGUUUGUGCUUUAACAUGCACUAUCAACCCUGAGGCCUUAUAUAGACAGGUGUAUGCCUUCAUGUCUAAUCAACUGAAUUUACCACAGGUGAACUCCAAUUAAGCUGCUGAAACAUCUCAAGAAUGAUCAAGUUUUUCAAGUUUUUAUUUUUAUAAAUUUGCAACUUUUUUUACAUUGUCACUAUGGGGUAUUGUGUGUAGAAUUUUAAGGAAAUAAAUAAAUUUUAUCCAUUUGGGAAUAAGGCUGUAACAUAAAAAGUUGUGGAAAAAGUGAAGCGCUAUUAAUACUUUCCGGAUGCACCGAAUGCAUGCCUGUGUGUGUGUGUGUAUGUAUGCA